AAAAAGAUGAAUCGGAACUGGGAGAAAAAGAUGAAUUGGAACCGGAUGAAAAAGAUGAAUUGGAACCGGGUGACAAAGAUGAAUUGGAAACGGGAGAACUGGAUGAAUCGGAACCGGGAGAAAAAGAUGAAUUGGAAACGGGAGAACUGGAUGAAUCGGAACCGGGAAAAAAAGAUAACUAG